AUGUGGAGAAGAUCAUUGGCUCGCUGGGCUAUAAGUUAUCAUUUUAUACAUUCAUUUGAAGCUUCUACCAAAGAAUUAAAACGUGUGAUAACUGCAGAAAGCAUUAAGUAUGGGUUUGACAUUCUUCAAGGCAUCCAAAAUGAGAACAAGAGCGUAAAAAAAGCCCACGGAAGGACCACAAAAAGCGGCAAAGCUCUCCCUCAAGAGAUUUAA